CAACUCUUAAUAUCUUGAACUAACUAAUCAACAAUGGCCGGCACUUAUAGCACAAUAUUGACAUUUUUUACUCGAUUUAUGUUCGUUAUCAUUCUAAUGAGAGCUAUCUAUAUCGUCAAUGCCCAACUGACGCCAAAUUUCUACAACCAAUCGUGCCCUAGCUUAAAUUCCAUCAUCAGUCAAAUAGUGAAUCAAAAUGUGUCGGUCGACCCGCGUAUGGGCGCGUCCCUUCUUCGUCUCCAUUUCCACGACUGUUUUGUCAACGGAUGCGACGCGUCGGUUCUGCUUGACGACACGGCGAACUUCACGGGAGAAAAGACAGCACUUCCCAACAACAACUCGUUGAGAGGGUUUGAAGUAAUCGACGCCAUCAAAUCUCAGGUGGAGUCUGCGUGCCCCGGAAUCGUCUCGUGCGCCGACAUUCUCGCCGUUGCCGCCCGUGAUGGCGUCGUCGCACUAGGGGGACCGAGUUGGGACGUCGCCUUGGGGAGACGAGACGCCACAAAUGCAAGUCGUAGCGACGCGAAUAACCAAAUUCCGUCACCUUUCCUCAACCUCUCGGGCCUCGUCACUUCCUUUUCGAACAAGGGUUUCAAUUUGACAGAGUUAGUCGCCUUAUCAGGGGGUCACACGAUCGGACAGGCGAGAUGCACAUUAUUCAGGUCGAGGAUAUAUAACGAGACGAACAUAAAUGCCACGUUUGCAGCGGCCAGGCAGGCCAACUGCCCGUCCAGUGGCGGAGACAACAAUCUGGCGCCACUGGACAGCAGUCCUGUGCAAUUCAACAACGACUACUUUCGGGAUUUGGUGGGUUUGAGGGGUUUGCUACACUCGGACCAGCAACUUUUCAAUGGUGGCUCGGCCGAUGCUAUUGUCACCAAUUAUGCCAACAAUUCGAAUACAUUCCUAACUGACUUUGCCAAUGCCAUGGUCAAAAUGUCGAACCUUAAUCCGUUGACCGGGACCAACGGCCAGAUCAGGGCUAACUGCAGGAGGAUCAAUUAACUUACUCGGUAUUUCAUUAUGUUGUUGUUUUUGUUGUUGUUAGGCUAUCGUUGUUCUUGAGUUUUAUCCGUGUUUGUUUAAGGUUUUAUGUUGGCUAAGCGAAAUAUGGAGGCAGUGUUUAAUACAAGUGUUAGCUGCUACAAGAUCAAUGUAGUGUAAGGUGCUAAAUUGAUUCUUGUUCGUACGUUCGGGUGAAAUUGGCAACGGUGGUGUGAGGAAGAAAUAUGUUGUGUGAGUCCAUUUUCUCGUUUUAAUGAAGUUUAAUGUUUUCUUUCUUUUUUUUCUUUUUCUUUUUGUGUGUUAAUUACAUUCCAAUUUUACCUACUCUCAGCUAGAGUUGUAAACGAGUGAAGCCGAACUCAAACCCCUAAUACUUGAGUUCGAGCUCGAGUCUUUAUCGAGUCAAGCUUUAUUAGACUUGUUAAGUUAAAGAGUGUACAAACGAG